UUGACUUCAAAUUUUGGUCCUCUUUCAAAGCUAACAUCCAUACGUUGCAAAAGCUUCAUAAACCGCUAUCUCGUGCGUGCAGAUGAGGAAAGCCCACCAGAUGCCAAUAGGUUGAGGCUGUCUAAUAGUGCAUUUAAACUCCUCCGGCGUCAUUGCCAUUUGUCAGUAUCCUUCACCAAUGCCCUGGCUAAUAUCGAGUAUCCUUCUCCCAUGUGCUUCCCCAGCCAAGCCACCCACAACAAUUUGAGCUUUUGGUUUUUCUUGCCUACCCGAGUUCAGGUGAAGUGCCGUGACCCAAAGGCACACGUCAAGGGAAAGAGCCAAAUGAACCCCAUCAACUACCUUCACUUGGACGGUCCGAACGUCGAUGUCAGGGGGUCAAAGAUUGCGUUGCACUUUUGGGCCGAUGGGGGCGACCGAGGAAGCCCCAAGGCGGUCGUCUUCAACUUCCAAGAUGGCCGGUGGAAGAAAGUCGUGGAGGAGCCGAUAUUUCGCCUCCGAGAUUCUUUUCAGGAUUGCCAAUCUCGACGCCUCGGACGCGAUCCAAUCCACCUUCAGAUGUCCGUCUUCAACAGCGCUCUGAGAUGGUGGAACAACUCUCUGAGCAGCGUCGACGAUCAGUUGAUCACAUACGAAGAAGCGUUGCUUCGACAAGACUUGGCGGCCGGUGGCGACCUGCUCCAGCUGAAUGCCAAAACUAACAGAUCUCUGCAUUGUAUUGCAGCCCAUCUUCAGCGAUAUGAUUCUGAGCUGCAACUAUUUUCCAACAUCUUAGAGCAGGCAAGGUCAUAUAAUCUGACCUGCCACCGUUAUUUUGUUCGUCUCCUCGCUAGAAGAUCCGAGCAAGACCUCGACUGGGUCCUCACAGCUCUUGGCCGAGCUGAGUCGAUGCUAACGGCAUUGCGCACCUUUCGAGAGGAACUACAACAAAAGGCUUCCAACGUCAUGGGCUUGCUCGUGGACAACAACAAGGCGAUCAGCGACCAACUUGUCGUCCAGACCGGAAUAAUGAUGCACAAGAUCCUGGAGACUAGUCGUGACCAGGCGAAAGAGUCGCUGAAUAUCGCAGCGCAGACGAAGCACCUGACCGAGCAGACGGCAAAGGUGCUCCACGAAACACAGAAGGAAACGGAAGCUUCCCGACAACUGGCAAUUCAGUCACAAAGACUUAGCGAGGAGAUGAUGAAAGACAGUGUCGCCAUGAAAACAGUGGCUCUUGUAACUGUUCUAUUUCUUCCGGGAACAUCAUUUGCUGCCAUCUUAGCCAUGCCUUUUUUUACAGGGGAAUCAUCGCCAUUUAAUAGGCCCGAUCUCAUCUGGGUCUGGGUCGCCCUGACUGUACCUGCCACUAUUAUCUGCUUUGGCUUCUACUUGGCUUGGAAACAACGAGAGACGCGGAGACGAGAGAAGCGUGUUUCCUCGGAAGAUGCAGAAUUAUCCAUGAUCGCGCAGACAAAUCAGAGCUAAAGGUGUGUCCCAUCUUUGGAAAGCGAUCGGUCUUGUCUUGACCAAGGACUUGGAUGAAUCGAUCUGCCAAUGGUCCAGCUUUCUUAGCAAUAGUUUGUUAACUUGCACUUAAUGCUUAACUUAAUAUAAUUUCUUUAAAAAAAC